UCUUCCAAGAUUAGUCUCCUCGCUGACAAUCUGCCCUGGUCGUGUGAAAACCACAUGUCUCGGAGCCAUUUCCCCUUCCAGGCCGCCGUCAGUAAGCCACCCGAGGCUUUUACCCCCAAGAACCUCCGAAUGGUUUGAAUACGAUCAUCCUGGGUCCAUCAGUGCUACGCCAAUCGAUUAGCUCCAUGGCUGGCUCAGUUGGGUCCCAUUGAGGACCCUAGCGCAGCUAAGAGAGCUUAGCGACUGCAAUUGACGCAUAUGAAGCAUUCUCGUCACCGUGCGGUUUCCCCUCAUAAACGUCCAGACCAUCAGCCCACGCCCUUUCUGCCCCCUGAGCACCACCACUUUUCACUCACUUCUCCUCGUUGCCUGUGUCUCUGCUCGUCUCGCUCGACAGAAUGCAGGCAAACACCCCUCUGUCUGGCGUCUUCCUGCCACGCCACCUCCGUCGAGUAGCCCCUGUUUUCUUCUCUGCCUUCGUGCUGGUCUUCUACCUCUCCCUCACCGGGACCUUUGGCGAGGUCAAUGGCAGCCUCUCCGGGCCCACCGCGCGCUAUAAGCAGUUUCCCCGGAAGAUCUGGCAAUCGUGGAAAGUCAACCCUCUGGCUUUCGAGCCACGAGAUCUCCUGGUUGCUCGAAGCUGGCCGGAGAAGAAUCCCCGCCAUCGGUACGAGGUGCUGACCGACGAGAAUGACCUCUACUAUGUCGAAACCCAUUAUGGGCCGGAAGGGUUGAACCGACCGGACAUUGUCGAAGUCUACCGGUCGCUGAACGCGCGCAUCAUCAAGGCCGAUCUUCUGCGAUACUUGAUUAUGUAUGUUGAUGGGGGAAUCUGGGCGGACAUUGACGUGGAAGCCCUCCGCCCGCUGGACCGAUUUAUCCCCGAGCGAUUUACUGAGGACGAGAUGGAUCUGGUCAUCGGGGUGGAGAUUGACGAGCCCGAGUUCAACGACCAUGCAAUCUUGGGCCAGAAAUCGCAGUCCUUCUGCCAAUGGACUUUCAUGAGCAAGCCCCGCCACCCGGUGAUGAUGCGGCUGGUUGACAACAUUCUGGCUUGGUUACAUGAGCUGUCGGUUCAGCAAGGUAAACCCAUCGGCGAGCUGGAGCUGGACUUUGACGACGUGAUCAGCGGCACGGGACCCUCCGCAUUCACCUCGGCCGUGCUGGCAGAGAUGAGCAUCCGACUAGGCCACGAAGUGAGCUGGAACACUUUCCACAAUAUCCCCGAAUCCAAGCUCGUGGGGGGGAUCCUGGUCCUGACCGUCGAGGCCUUCGCCGCCGGCCAGGGCCAUUCCGACUCGGGCAACCACAACGCCCGAACGGCCCUCGUCAAACAUCAUUAUCAUGCCUCCAACUGGCCCUCGAACCACCCUCGCUUCAGCCAUCCAGUGUACGGAGAGGUGGAGAAGUGCAAUUGGAACAAGGAGUGUGUGCGCGCGUGGGACGAGAACACCGCCGCCUUUGCCGCACUUCCGCCCGAUGAGCAGGAACGCCAGAUUGCCCUUAAGCAGGCCAACGAUGCGGCGGAGGCAGAAUUACAACUGAACCUCGGCAUGGACCUGGGGCUGGAUCUGGGAUUGAAUCUCGGUCAAUAACAUCAUGCGAAAAGGGCUUGAAAUGGAUUGCGGUGGCGUCUUGGCAUGUUGGCGUUUUGUUUGUAAUGGCUUGCUACAGAGUAGCUAAUGUAGCUUCAUGAA